CUGCCGCGGGUGGCAGGGCUGCGCCGCCGCCCAGAGGACCUGGGCAGGCAGACACGCUGGAGGGAGGCGCUCUUGAUUUUGGCUGUUAUCACCUCGGCCUCCCUGGGAAAUUCUUCCGUGCCUGCCCACCCUCCCCUCCAGCUGCUUCCCCACCCCACCCCACCCACCCCACCCAAGGAUUUGCGCUCAGUUGCUGUCCGGCGGGCGGGGAGAAAGAAAAGAGGCAGGGGAGGCAAAGAGCUGGGUGGGCUGGGCUGACAUUUGGGGCGGGGGGCGUGUGCUGGGAAGCCACGGGAGCAGCGCCGUGCGUCGCGGUCCCCAGGCCGGCGGCCGCCGUACCUGCCGCGGGCAGCCAGCCCGGGCGGGGAGCGCGCAGAGCGGGUCGGGAGCGGCACCCGGUGCGUCUCCUGCGCGGGCCGCGGGGAGCAGCUCGCCGCCGCCCGCAGCCAACUCGGUCCCUCCCAUGGCGACCAAUCAGCGCGAGGCUGGCUGGGCGGGAAGCCGCGAGAGGCUUUUAUCGCGGCGCGGGUGGCCGCCGAGCUGGCUGCCAGCACUGUCCCCUGGUGUUCCAGCCCAACGGUCUGGCUCGGCCCCGCCGGGAGCGACCCCGCCCUGAGGCCUCCGUGCCCGCCCGCCCGGCAGUUUUCCGGCUGAUGACAUGGAGACGAGUUUCUCUGCAGGUGGAUAUUGUUCCCAGCCAAGGAGAAAUCAGCGUUGGAGAGUCCAAAUUCUUCUUAUGCCAAGUAGCAGGAGAUGCCAAAGACAAGGACAUCUCCUGGUUCUCCCCCAACGGAGAAAAGCUCAGCCCAAACCAGCAGCGAAUUUCAGUGGUGUGGAACGACGACUCCUCCUCCACACUCACAAUCUACAAUGCUGACAUCGAUGAUGCUGGCAUUUACAAGUGUGUGGUCACUGGCGAAGACGGCAGUGAGUCGGAGGCCACCGUCAACGUGAAGAUCUUCCAAAAGCUCAUGUUCAAGAAUGCACCAACCCCGCAGGAGUUCAAGGAGGGGGAAGAUGCCGUGAUUGUAUGUGACGUGGUCAGCUCUCUCCCCCCAACCAUCAUCUGGAAGCACAAAGGACGCGAUGUCAUCCUGAAAAAAGAUGUCCGAUUCAUAGUCCUGUCCAACAACUACCUGCAGAUCCGAGGCAUCAAGAAAACAGAUGAGGGCACUUACCGCUGUGAGGGCAGAAUCCUGGCACGGGGGGAGAUCAACUUCAAGGAUAUUCAGGUUGUUGUGAAUGUGCCACCCACUGUCCAGGCCAGGCAGAGCAUUGUGAAUGCCACCGCCAACCUGGGCCAGUCUGUCACCCUGGUGUGCGAUGCAGAAGGCUUCCCAGAACCCACCAUGAGCUGGACAAAAGAUGGAGAACCAAUCGAGAAUGAGGAAGACGAUGAGAAAUACAUCUUCAGCGAUGACAGUUCUGAGCUGACCAUCAGGAAAGUGGACAAGAAUGACGAGGCCGAGUAUGUCUGCAUUGCUGAGAACAAGGCUGGCGAGCAGGACGCCUCCAUCCACCUCAAGGUCUUUGCAAAACCCAAAAUCACAUAUGUAGAAAACCAGACUGCCAUGGAGCUGGAGGAGCAAGUGACUCUGACCUGUGAAGCCUCGGGAGACCCCAUUCCCUCCAUUACCUGGAGAACUGCCACCCGGAACAUCAGCAGUGAAGAAAAGGCUUCGUGGACUCGACCAGAGAAGCAAGAGACUCUGGAUGGGCACAUGGUGGUGCGCAGCCAUGCCCGAGUAUCAUCCCUGACCCUGAAAAGCAUCCAGUACACAGAUGCAGGAGAGUACCUCUGCACAGCCAGCAACACCAUCGGCCAGGACUCGCAGUCCAUGUACCUCGAAGUGCAAUAUGCCCCCAAGCUACAGGGCCCUGUGGCUGUCUAUACUUGGGAAGGGAACCAGGUGAACAUCACCUGCGAAGUAUUUGCCUAUCCAAGUGCUACAAUCUCCUGGUUCCGAGAUGGUCAGUUGCUACCAAGCUCCAACUACAGCAACAUCAAGAUCUACAACACCCACUCUGCCAGCUACCUGGAGGUGACCCCAGACUCUGAAAAUGAUUUUGGAAACUACAACUGUACUGCAGUGAACCGCAUUGGGCAGGAGUCCUUGGAAUUCAUUCUUGUGCAGGCAGAUACCCCAUCUUCACCGUCCAUCGACCAGGUGGAACCAUACUCCAGCACCGCACAGGUGCAGUUUGACGAGCCGGAAGCCACUGGUGGUGUGCCCAUCCUCAAGUAUAAGGCGGAAUGGAGAGCACUGGGUGAAGAAGUGUGGCAUUCCAAGUGGUACGAUGCCAAGGAAGCCAACAUGGAGGGCAUUGUCACCAUCAUGGGCCUGAAGCCCGAGACAACCUAUGCGGUCCGACUGGCAGCCCUCAACGGCAAGGGGCUUGGCGAGAUCAGCGCGGCUUCCGAGUUCAAGACGCAGCCAGUCCAUAGCCCUCCUCCACGAGAGCCCAGCGCACCUAAGCUCGAAGGGCAGAUGGGAGAAGAUGGGAACUCCAUUAAGGUGAACUUGAUCAAGCAGGAUGAUGGCGGCUCCCCCAUCAGACACUAUCUGGUCAAGUACAGAGCGCUCUCCUCUGAUUGGAAACCAGAGAUCAGGCUCCCAUCUGGCAGCGACCACGUCAUGCUCAAGUCGCUGGAAUGGAACGCCGAGUAUGAAGUCUCCGUGGUGGCUGAGAACCAACAAGGAAAAUCCAAGCCGGCUCAUUUUGUGUUCAAGACCUCAGCCCAGCCCACGGCUAUCCCAGCCAAUGGCAGCCCCACAUCAGGCCUGAGCACGGGGGCCAUCGUGGGCAUCCUCAUUGUCAUCUUUGUCCUACUCCUGGUGGUUGUGGACAUCACCUGCUACUUCCUGAACAAGUGUGGCCUGCUUAUGUGCAUUGCCGUCAACCUGUGUGGAAAAGCUGGGCCUGGAGCCAAGGGCAAGGACAUGGAGGAGGGCAAGGCCGCCUUCUCGAAAGAUGAAUCCAAGGAGCCCAUCGUGGAAGUUCGAACCGAAGAGGAGCGGACUCCCAACCAUGAUGGAGGGAAACACACAGAACCCAAUGAGACCACGCCGCUCACAGAGCCCGAGCUACCUGCCGACACUACAGCCACUGUCGAGGACAUGCUGCCUUCUGUCACCACCGUCACCACUAACUCUGACACUAUCACCGAAACCUUUGCCACUGCUCAGAACAGCCCCACCAGUGAGACCACCACCCUGACCUCCAGUAUUGCCCCGCCGGCCAUGGCCGUGCCGGACUCCAAUUCUGUGCCGGCUGGCCAGCCCACCCCUUCGAAGGGUCCCGGGGUCGCUACCACCUCCCAGUCCCCAGCCUCAGCCCCCAAAGUCGCCCCCCUUGUUGACCUGAGCGAUACCCCAACUUCAGCCCCUGCUGCCAGCAAUUUGUCCUCUAGUGUCCUGGCUAACCAAGGAGCUGUCCUCAGCCCCAGCACCCCAGCUAGUGCAGGGGAGGCCUCCAAGGGCCCUCCAGCCAGCAAAUCGACCCCUGUGCCAGCCUCCACCCCAGCAGGGGCAGCCAGUCCACUAGCAGCGGCAGCUGCCCCUGCCACAGAAACGCCCCAGGCCAAGCAGGAGGCUCCCAGCACCAAAGGCCCGGACCCAGAGCCCACCCAGGCCAGCGCUGUGAAGAGCCCGCACGAGGCAGCCACAGCCCCUGCUAGUCCGAAGAGCGAGGCUGCCUCCGUCAGCGCCACAAACCCUUCCCAGGGCGAGGACUUUAAAAUGGACGAAGGGAACUUCAAGACCCCAGAUAUUGACCUUGCAAAGGAUGUUUUUGCAGCCUUGGGCUCUCCUGCUCCCGCCGCUGGGGCCAGUGGACAAGCCCCCGAGCUUGCUCCUUCCACUGCAGACAGCUCUGUGUCACCUGCACCAGCAAAGACCGAGAAGGGCCCAGUAGAAGCAAAGUCCGAGUCCCAGGAGUCAGAAACGAAGCCAGUGCCAGCCGAAGUCAAGACGGUCCCCAACGAUGCCACACAAACGACGGAGAAUGAGAGCAAAGCAUGAUGGGUGACGAGCUGCGAGCAAAGAUCAAAAAAAGUGACACAGCAGCUUCGCCAGAGCAUCUCCAGUACCACACUCGCGCACACACAUACACACACACACACACACCACAGCACACACGCCACCACAGUCGCAUUCCUCUAGUGUCUUUUGCCUUUAAAAAAAAAAAUUAAACAGAUAAACAUGGGAUCUCCUUUUUGUAGGUUUAUAGAAAGGGCUCCUUUGUUGCGCACUCCUUGUGAGACAAAAAGGUUAAACCCACAGCCAAACUAGGACACGCCGUUCCCUGAAACCAUUUAAACAUCCAACAAAAGGACCCCAAAUUAAGAAUCUAGGAAGCUCAGAAAAAAAAAAAAUUCUAGGUUCAGUGAGACCGCACGUGGUGUUACCCAAUUGGCACAGACCAGUUUCGGAGAAAUACUUUCAGGCAUUAAGACUAACCGAGUGAACAAAGUCCACAGUUUAUUUUUAUACUUUCAGUCAAGUUCAAACUCUGUAAAACCUCAUAAGUAAGUUAUAAUUUCUGUUCACUUUGUAUUUGUUCAGUAUGCAAAGUGUGUCGCCCUUUCUAGCUGAGUUCAGUUCCCACAUAGACCCUUGUUUUGUAGGGAGAAUGCCAAAUUGCAGCUUCUGGGGGUAGAUCUCAAUUUGCAGUAUUCAGGCUUCGUUUGCUUUCUUUCUUUUUCAUUGUAUUGUUUUUACUUUGGUUUUUCUUUCUUUCUGCCAACUUUGUUUUCCAGUGUUUACAAGUUGACAAAUGUUUGACUUUGCUUGUGUUUAAAUGUCUGUGUAAAAUAGUUGCCUUUUUUUUUUUUUUUUUUUUUUUGUUAAGUAACAGAUACCGCCUAGAGGUUGGUGGGAUCAUCACAGGCUAGCUUUAGCACAGGGCACCGCGAUGCAAGACUGUUGUUUACAGUGGCUCUUCCCCCCAUCCCAUUCUGAGCUGUAGCUUUUUGCCUGUGUCUGACUCAGGUGAAAAUCCGUCUCGUUCUGGAAUGGUUUGGCCUUUUGGGUUUGGAUUCUUUUAAGUUUCUUUGGGGGUUAGAACACUUUCCGAUGAGCCGCCACCUGCCUGUGUCUGUGACAAAGGACCCGCCUUCCAGGCACCCGCACCCUUCCUUCUGAAGGACUCCUUAGGCUUUGUUGAAUGAAGCAGAGACGAUUGUAUAGUUGGGGCUGGUCUUGGUGAACACACAUUUUUACCCCAAACAUCCCCUUUUUGUAGAAAGCCAAAUAAAAUCUAUACAGACCAUUUCCUUUUGAGCCCGGAAUCUAGAUUUGAGCGGAAGAGCAUGUGUGCUUCAGGGAAUUAGUGUCUUUUUUUGGAAAUCUGUUGAAGUAAAGUAACAUCAGCCUUCUGUUCACUUAGGCAGCAUUUGUAGAAACAAAGAAAAAAAAAACUACUGUCUGGAGUCAUAACACAACUUUCCUGGAUUGGAAACCAAGUGGGGGCGGGGGGGAAAUACAGAAACUUUAAGGGGGAUGGGAGGGGGGAGAAGGGAAAAGCCAGCCCUUUGUAUAGAAAUUUUGCUUUUUGUUUCUCAUUCUACUUUAGAACUGCAAGCUUGUGCACUGUGGAUGCGUGAAUAUUUUAGUGUGAAACGUGUUUUUGUCAUAGUAUUGAAAUAAAACUUCAACAUAGUUUGGUUGUGGAAGGUGUAGCAGAUAGUUCAGACAAAUAUUCAGGAAACAAAAUAACUCUUAUAAGGAAUCGAAGCCUUUAAACCAAGACAAUGAACUAUAAGUGAUGAUGAUGAUGACGAAGAAGAGGAUGCUAAGUCAGCUGAAACUGAUCCUCUGGCAUGAGUUCCUUUCCUAAGGUGCAAAGCAGCAAGAGUUUAGGGGGGCCAAACUGCCUCUGCGUUCACUCUGGGCCGCACACCCCCGUUCUGACACUUCUGCAGGCCAACCGGUGGCAAUGCUAGAUUAUCAUUUCAAACUGUGAAAAAUAAUGGUCUUGUCAUUUGCUAAAUGUGGGGUUAUUUUGCAUUUUCUCAGCUCCUGGGGAUGGAAAUGGAGGAUCCCAGAAUAUGCAGUCCUGGCCCCUUUGAGUUUAGGGCCUACAGAGAUCUCUAGUUCAAAGGCACAGGCCCUUGGGAAAAAGUAUCACAGGAAGACAGCUCUUUGAGCACAAGCAGAAUUGGAAAGUGGGCACCUAAGACAGAGAGGGCCCGGUGGUGGGUGGACGCUUCUGGUCACAGGCUGUUCAGUGGAAUCAGUGUCUCUCGUCUUAUGACCAUAGUGGUUUGACCAAUGAGGCCAACACCAUCCUGGAGACCACAAGUGGUUGUGAUUGACCCUGACACGUAGGUGUAAUCAGUCCUCACACAGCCUAGCCAGUGCGGCUGACUCCCCACCGCAGCCCAGAGCUCUGACCCUGCCGUGCUGGUCCCUAGACUGCCUACACUUCAGUCUGCCUCUUUUACAUUAGACAUUCAUUUGUCUCAGUGUGCAUGAGUUUUCCUUUAUUUUAUCUUAUUUUAUUUUUUAAAGAUCAAGCCUUCCUGUAAACUCAAAGAGUCACUUUAUUUUUAAGAUUUCUUAUCUUUUAUGUUAAGAGAUAAAAGCAUAUGAUUUUCCUUUUAAAUUCUCCCAAGGAGGCAUCCACUCCGUCGGUUUCCGUGUCGAUGUGUCUAUAUGUGUAUGUGCCAUACAUAUGUAUUCACAGAAAGAUUGUCAUGCUCAAGUUCUGCGGGAAGGCACUCGGGUGCCGUGAGCAUGGUCUCCCACUCCUGAAGGGCCUGGUGUAUAGAGUGCAGCUUUGAAGCGGAACCCUGUUUUCACACUUUUCUGUGGACCCUCCCAUGUCCCAGCUUUCACCCUAGGCUGUCUGUCUGGAUGGUGGCUUCAGACCUCCAUUAACAUCCCUACCCAACACGCUGUACUUUGGGGGCCUUCUCUCUUGUUAUAAAACUUUUUACCAAGUGAAACAUCAACACCACCCUUGUUUCCAUUCUCACUGGUGUAAAUACUGAGUACUAACUGAGAAUUUUGACUUUGCAUUCUGUCAGAAUACUUGUGUUCAAUAAAAACUGAAAGAAAAAAAGCAA